CCCAUGUCUAGUUCAUUUCUGCUGCAACGCGGCGCAGCGUCCGUCCUUUCCCGCGGCAUUCUUGCUAUAUGGCCGACGAAGCCUCGCAUGGAGCGAAGCAGAGCGGAGGUUAUUCUUCCGUUGAAUGGGACACCAUCGCUCGCGAGUUGACGAGUCCUCCACGUCGAUUCCAUGACGACUUCUUGCAAGCACUCCAGCCGUCGUUCAUGGAAUUUGCCGCGAAGAACAGCAUGAUGUUAGCAGAUCAAUUGACUCAUUUUCUCAGUCGAGAGUUCCCGUCGUCCCCGUUGACAGGGCAUGCCACCUACGCACGACAUGUUUUGGAGAAAAUCCAUCGCAUGCGCAUGGAAGCGCCAGUGUCCACGUCAAACAUCGAUCAAGACUCGUUUCUCAAACACCCGAGCACGAUCUCAAAUCUGUACAUUUCGUUCAUGGAGCUGAAGACGGCACUACAAAUGCCAACCAUGAUCUCGCAUCGACUCGCAACGCUCGACCCGAAUGCGCUCUGUCCCGCUGUUGUGUUUCCCAUUGUUUCCGCCGCUUCGUCGCACCGACCUCGUUCUUUGACUCUUCCAUCGCUGUCCAUCCACUCUGUCCCAACUGGGAGCACGACUAAUCACCCUCGCGAGUUUCGAGCCAAUGUGUGCAAACGAUCCCGAAAGUGGCUGGGUGGUCCACCGCGACCACGAAUCCUUGUCGUGAAACGAGAUGUCGUCGAAUUGUUCAAGAAAGGAGACAAGAAAAAGGCCAGCACAUCCGUUCUCGUUGCUUCGAUCGAUACCAUCACGAAGUCAACAACGUUCGAGUUGACGGUGCUAUCGAAAGACAGCACGACCCUUGUUCUCACGUGCGACACUCCCGACACUCUGUGUCUAUGUAUAAGCGAAAUCGCUACAACUUGCCUCGUUCACGCACUGGACACUGGACAACCGGCUUCUGUCGUCCAAAAAUUUGUCGCUAGCGGCGCACGGGUCACGGGGGUUCAAGGUCACCUGACGCGUUUCAUUGCCCCAUGCAGUUCUUCAUCGAUGUCGACGAUCGAUCUCAUUGGUAUGGCGUAUGUUGCCGACGAAAGAAGCCACGUUCGAGGAGUUGACGGGUCCCACGUUUCGGUGCUGUUGUCGGCCGGCGCAUCUUGUCGCCCACUCCUUCGCUGGCCCUUCGCCGCGAUGUUCUUCCUCAGGAAAUCACCGCUCAGUCGCAACAUCUUGGAUUUUUUUACGCAACACCAACUACCGUUGGACGCUGUAGGAGACGAUGCUGCCGCGUGGUCGUUGUUGCAGUACCUGUGUCUCAUGCGCAAUGUCUCCAGCGUCGAGCGGUUUGUGAUGGAGGUUACCCAAAAGGCGGAUGGGAAUACGUUGCUGCUGCGAUGUCUACAGCAUGUGAACGGCGCCAACGACUCGGUACUACACAUUGUAUUCAAGCCACACAACCAUCAACACUGCGACAUUGGUGAACGCCACAGCACGAUCAACCCCAUUACUUCGUCGACCACCUCAACGGGACAAAUCCAAGGCAGAAUGAAAGACGAAGAUGCCGAGUGGAUUGGGUGUAUGCUCCUCCAAGCAGCAGUCACAGCCACGGCAAGUGUGAAGUCAACGCCUUCCCCCACCAUCGAUGUGUUUCCACGCGGCGGAAUCGGAGUGGUCUUGACGAUGGAGCAGCCUUGGGUCAACCACUGCGACGGCCAUGGCGACACGUUAUUGCAUGCCUCCAUCAAGGCUUCCAUGUGGAAAUGUGUCGAGUUGCUUCUGGCACUGCACGCCUCCCCCACAAUUCCCGAUUUGGAGGGCAACACAGCACUCCAUUUGGCUUUGAAAAUGGACGCUCCGUACCCCCUCGUGUGCCACCUCAUUCGGUCGUCGGUGAGUCGUACAAAACAACACCUCGUCGACCAGAUAUCUCCGUCGAAAGAUGGGAACAGAGCGAUCUACCCGUUUGCGACCACUUACGGUGGGUUCGAGCGUUUGGAUCAGCACGGCGACACGGCACUGACACUGGCGCUCAAGCUCCGCAACGAGCAGAUCGUUGUUCGAUUGCUCGAGAGUGGCGCUCAGUCCAACUACCACCAGCCAUCCCUGGUGGAAUCCAAGUCGUCCAUGGCUGAUUCACCUCUGCAUAUCGCGAUCAAGACGGGUUUACCCACAGCCGCUCAGGCGCUUGUGCUGCAUGGAGCGGCGUGGAAUGUGAAAGACGCCCACGGGUCGACUCCUCUACCUCUCGCAAUUCGACACGGCAUGUACGCGCUCGCCUACGACCUAUUACAAGCAUGUGCAAACGAGCGGGCAGCGGGCAUUGAUGCGUCGCUGCUGGUUGACGAAUGCUCGGGUGAAUCCUUGGUGGGGUUGUGCUUCAAAGCCGGUCAAUUGGAAGUCGCGGUGUUGGUCCUCGACUUAUGUGGCCCACUAGCACUUCACACCCUGCAUACCAAAACACACGAGAGCCCGCUGCACUAUGCAAUGAAGCUUCGCAUGUGGAUGAACGACAGCAAUUCGAGACUGCGGUCAACGAUGCACCACACCACGCCCAGUUCGACGAGUUCGAUGACCGAUCGUUCUUCCCCUGCUCAGCCUUUGAAACCAGCACAUGGACCGAGACGAAGUCGUUUCAAGAGCAAGAGCGACAGCGACAUUGGAGCCUUGCUCGUGGGGGACUGGUCCGCUAUGACGACUCAGCACGACCACCAUAAUGGGUUCAUUGUUCGCGUGCUCGAAGGAAUGGUCCUGGGCCUUUUGAAGCAAAUGGAUCCCAUGCAAUGCCUUGCAAUCCCUGCCAAACCAGAUUCAACAUCGGCCUCGCACAACACGUACCAUGUGGUCUUCCGUGAACAUCGAUCGAUCGUGGAUCAUCACCCUGACUGGUUUACCCCUUUGCAUGCGGCGGCAUCUGGUGGACGUCACACUAACCACAUCCUUCGAUGGAUGCUGCACCAACUUGAAAUCAAAACGCGUGAAGAGCACAACAUCGUUGCAUUCCUUAGCGAUCUCGUGGUUGGCCCGCUUCGAGAGACGGUGCUGCAUGCCGCUAUUGCGUCGUCGUCGCUGGAGAAUGUCGUGGACGUGCUUCAUUUUGUCACGAGCAACAAUUUCGACGAGGACAGCGUGAUGCAUCUAUUGAACGCGUCGCGAACAGACCAUGCCACAGCGCUGCAUUUGAUUGCAGCCGACGCAGGCAACUCCCCCUCGCCAGAUUUAGAGCUCGUGACGCGGCUCCUGCAGUUGAACGUGGAUAAAGAAAGCUGGAAUGCGGCUGGGUUGACGCCGCUGCAAGUCGCCAUUCAGCAAGGUGCGUCCUCUUCGUGGAUCGAGCGAAUGCUUGACGAAGGAUGCGACUUAAAUGGUCGAGCCGAAGAUGGGCGAGUUCCGGUCAUGGUGGCAUUGAUGGCGAACAAUCACGAAGCGUUUCACACGCUUGUGCGAGCUGGAGCCAACGUUAAAGCUGUGCUACCCAACACUCGUGUUGGUCUGGUCGACUUAGCCAACCAGACCCUCCAACAACCGCUGCAUCUGACCAUUGUCGAGACACUUGCAAUGUUAAGCCGACGAGCGCAACAUAAGGGGAUGCAGCCGGCCGUUCCUUUGUCAGAAUGCAAAGAGUUGAGGACAGCCACACCACGACCAAGCUUUGACAAACGGCCCAGCAUGUCAUUACCAGAUUCCGCAAGAAUGUCCUUCCAUCAUUCGGCGAGCCUCCCACCCGACGAUGCAAGAAAUCCGACAGCGAUGGACGAAAAUUGUAAUUCCACUGCGAUGACGCCAUCGACGGCAUUGGGGACCGAGAAGAAGACUCAAGAUCCACGGUGGUUGCUGCACCGUCUCAAGGACGAAGAGCGCACGACGUUGCGAUUGGUAGCAUUGGAAGCCAAGCAGCAAGCGCGGGAAUGGCUAACAAAACGCAUUGGGAAGCAGAAAAUCCUGUCGGAUUCACUGCUCCUCCGCCAGCAGUACCUUGCCGAGCACGGACACGAGUUGGAUGCGACGAGCGCCCACAUCCAGGCGGAAAAGUUGUUCAUCGAGAGGCACGUGGCCGACAUGGUGUCGGAAGCCAAACUUGAAAUUGAGCGCGAAAAACAGACAUUGUUGUACGAAGCGACGCGCGUGCCACUGAAAGAGCCGACGCGGACAACCCAGCCAAGCGAAGUGGUCUCGAAGCACAUGCGCAAUACCUCAGCUACGUCGACGUUCCUCCUCGAGAGCUUUAUCGGACCGCACCUCGACCCCGACGACGACGACGGCAUGGUGGAAGUGGACGAGGGGUAUCUAGUGCCGAUCGACUAUGUGCGAAACACACUGUGCUAGAUGUGGACGUCUCUAUUUAUUAAGGAAGUAAUCACGUCCAUGAUACACCACUGCACAAAGAACAGCAAUUCGUCUGGAAGAUGUGCAUCCUAUGGCGCCCCAAGCAGCUCGAGGAUUGAGAUGAACAUGCCACAAAUCGAGCUUUUCAAGUCGGAUCAGGUAGAACAAUGCCGAUCCAUAGCGCGCCUUCGCCGCGGUUGUUGGGAUAGCUCGAUUACAGACUACAACGACACGGUGUCCGAGGCAUUUGGACUGGCGCUAGAUGACGUGGCGACAAGGAACGCCAGACGGCCAUGCACGUCGAAUGACCCGGCUCCAGGUGCGCUGGUGUCCACAGUACCAGCACAUCCGCUUCCCGAGGUCGGCCACAUGGCCAACCAUUUCCUCGCCAACGCCGCGAGCCUCGGAAACAUGUGCUGGUUGUGGCGCCACCACCGCAAUGGGUCGUCGAUGCCGCCGGCCACCGUGAGAAAAUACGUCGUCAAUUCUUCUUCCAUCUCGACGAACGGUUGUCGCGCAUCGAUUCCGCCACUGUCCGUGUCGAUCACGCCAUGGCUGCCCAAUGCCUGCUGCAUGUACUUGUUGGGGGUCUGCACCGGCCGACACUCCUGCAGCAGCCGUUGUUUGAUCUCAAACUUCUCUUCGUCAUUCGGACAAUGCGCCAACGUGGCGGCAACGCUGGGAUGCAGUGCGGACGUCCACAGCAACGACGACUCGUCAAUGUACUUUGCCAAGGCGGCAUGGACAAAUUGGCGGCUCGCGUGCAGAUGCGUUACAAUCACGUGGUCCAGUUGCAGCUCGGAAGCGUACCGGUGGGGCCACCCUUGCGAAGCAAAAAAGUCGGGGUUGUUCAGGUCGUGGACGAGAAGUUUCACGACUGACAACAACACGGCGGUCUGGGGUGGAUUGCCCGCCCACGCGUUCUCCGACGAGCUAGUUGCUGGAAUCAUCGACGCCACUUGCAGCAACGGCGAGAGCAACAGAAGCAAUCCAUCCAGCACACACCAGUCGACGUCCGACAGUGCCAAGUUUGCCAGAACGAACCCCCGGUCGUUUGUCGCGUGGACGUAGGCAGCGAGGGCUGGCCGGAGAUGCUGCCACGUGUGCAGCAUGUAGUACGUCGAUUUCCACUGCACGGGGCAUGCCACGGGGGCGGAUACGUUCGAGUUAGCUUGGAACUCGCCAAAGCGAUCCAACGUGCGGCGAGCUGACGUGGACGGGUCAAAGUACCGCGCCAAGGCUGCGAUGCGACUGACGAGGGAUUGGAAAAAAUCGCUCGUCCCUUGUGGAGUCGGCAGUGCGUUGGCUCGGUAGACG